GCGGUCGUCGCGGCUGAUCGCGGAUUGUGGAACAAAGGAGCGCGCGGCGAGAGGAGUGGGUCGUGGACGUCGUGGUCGCAGGUCGUGUGUGUCGCGCGAGCCUCGCCAAGUCUCGCGAAAUUAACGGAAAUCGACCGGGGAAACGUACACGGAUCGCGCGCCAGCAUGAGCAAGCCGCCGUACAAGCUGAGCAACGUGCUGCUCGGCCACAGCGCUGACGUGAGAGCGGUGACGACCUUCCUCGACGGCACCGUCGUGUCCGUCUCCCGGGACAAGACGGCGCGUGUGUGGAAACCGACCGGGAGAGGCAACGAGUACGAGCAAACAGCGACGUUAACGGGCCAUACUAACUUUGUCAAUUCGGUGUGCGUUAUAAAUCCGUCGGAGAGAGAUCCCAAGGGUUACAUCAUCACCGGGAGCAACGACAACACCAUAUGUGUCUAUGUGGCGGAUGAAACGGUGCCUGCGCAUACAUUAACGGCGCACCAGAAUAAUGUAUGUAGUUUGAAGACCGGCAAGAAAGAGGGUACGUUUCUUUCGGGUUCCUGGGACCUCACUGCCAAGUUAUGGGACGUGAGAGACUUGAGUAAACCACAGCUGAACCUUGCGGGUCACGCCGCCGCGGUAUGGUGCGUAGCAGAUUUAUCGAACGGCAAUAUAAUAAGUGGAUCGGCGGACAAAUUGGUAAUAGUAUGGUCGAGGGAUGGUUCGGUGCAACACAAAUUAACGGGACAUACCGACUGCGUUCGGGAUAUAGUUGAUAUUAAAGAGGACGAGUUUCUGACUUGCGCAAACGACGCCACUAUAAGGCACUGGAACGCCAAGCUUGGGACCUGUUUAGGCUCUUAUUGUGGCCAUGAGAAUUACAUUUAUAGUAUAGCAGCUAUCCCGAAUGGUACAUAUGUCUAUUCGUCUGGAGAAGACAGGACUAUUAGAAUAUGGUUUAAUGCGGAACUGCAGCAAACCAUCGUUCUACCGACGCAAUCGAUAUGGAGCAUUGCUUUGUUCUCGAAUGGCGAUAUAGUUGCCGGAAGUUCUGACGGGGCCGUUAGGAUAUUCUCAUGUGAUUCCGAACGAUACGCAAAUGCGGAAACGUUGGAGGCAUUUGAGAAAGAAGUAGCGAAUACAACUCUGAAUGCACAGCAGGUAAUCGGAGACAUCAACGUAAAGGAUUUGCCAGAUGCAAGAGUUCUCCUACAGCCUGGCCAAAGAGAUGGCCAAACAAAAAUAGUAAACGAAGGGGAUGCAGUUAGGGCAUACAGUUGGUCGCAAAGCGAACAACGAUGGAUAAAAAUUGGUGACGUGAUGGGUGCGUCCGGCGGUACCGCGGCCACCUCCGGAAAACAACUUUACAAUGGCAUAGAAUACGAUUAUGUCUUUUCAGUCGACAUACAAGACGGUGUGCCACCUUUGAAACUUCCUUAUAAUAAGGGCCAAGAUCCCUGGCAUGUUGCACAACAGUUUCUUCAUGACAAUAAUCUCAGUCAAUUGUUUUUAGAUCAGGUUGCAAAUUUCAUAGUAAAGAAUUCUGAGCCAGCCCCCAUUUUAAAUGCUGGAUCGCAAUACGUAGAUCCUUUUACAGGAGAAAACCGAUACGUUCCCGGAUCAGGAACAUCGUCUAGUACACCCGAUGUUAGUGCGCAAUCAUCAACAUUUAGUUCUUCCAACACACCUGCAUCUCCCUCCUAUAUACCUCACUCGAGGUAUUUAAAAUUUGAACAGGCAAAUUUAACUGCUAUUUUGGGAAAGUUACACGAGUUAAAUUCUAAAUUGGAUACUAAACAAGAAAAUGUAUAUAAAAUACCAAAGGAGAAGGAGGAUGCAAUAAAUGAACUUAUGAGAAAUUGUAAUCAAGUGUCCGAGGAAGUUAGGACCAGCGCUAUCGGCGCACUGAAGAGUCUUGUAGAUUGGCCGAACGACACGGUGUUCCCAGUUCUCGAUAUAGCGAGACUCGCCAUACUUCACAAAGAAGUAAACGAUCAACUAUGUACGGAGGAAUUGCUACCAGUCAUACGGAGGCACAUAAAAUCCGAUGCAUCUCGCUGCAAUCAAAUGCUCACCUUUCGUCUGAUAGCCAAUAUGUUCCAGCAUGAAAAGGGAGAAAAACUCGGUUUGGAUUAUAAGGAUGAGAUACUCAAGUCUCUGCUGGACCUACAGUCCUUUGGAGAUAGACACAAUCAGGUUGCAAUAUCGACUUACGUAUUAAAUCUGAUCGUAGCGCUAAGUAAAUAUAAUGACGCACCUGGUAGAACGAGAGCUCUAAAUGUAUUAUUUACUAUAUUGCCUAAUUUGCGUGACCCCGAGGCAAUAUUCAGAGCUUUAGUUGGACUAGGAACGUUAUUAGCUGCUACACUAGAUCCCAAUGAUCGUAAUGAAUUAAUUAACGCUGUGCGACAAUCCGAGACUGCUUUGAGUGUUCUUAGAACUCUAUCAGAAAGCGAUCUCAAUACGUCAAACAAACUGGUAAACUGUUCCAAACAGAUUAUCGAUUUAAUUCUCUAAGCAGUGGGAUACGCUGCUUGUAAAAUUAUGAAAAAAAAUAACUUUGCACGUGUAUCUAUGUUUUGCAGCUCGGUUGCUCAAUCGUAAGAAAUAAAUACAUUUUUACAAUUAA